AUGUCCGCUCCAGCAUUCAAUCUCACUCCUCUCGAUCAUCAGCUUCUGGCUAUGACCGAUGAGGAGUUUGUUUACCACGACUGGUCCGAAUUGAAGGACAUCAUCGCGCGAAAUGAUCUCGGCGCCCUCAAACGGAAGCCCUCCGAUCUGCGCCGAUACCUGGCCUGGUCAGCGGAGACCAAAUCUCAGUAUGGCUCCAUCAUGAACUACAUCUGUCAGCGGCGGCUACAGUGGCCAUCACCGGGUCCUGCAAGCGGCACUGAGUCGGCUAUCCAGCCCCCGCCCGUGGUCAAAAACCCGCGCCCCUUUGCCGAUCCCGAGGACUACAAGAUCCUCCGCAAUGACUGGCCUUACGGUCUCACCCCCGGAAUCGCCCAUCUGGUCGUGUGGCUGCGAACCCCAAUCCCCGUGCAAUCCGGGGAAGGCCAUCUGACCGAGGAGUCCCGUGAAUUGAUCAACGACUUCGUGCAAAGGACCUUUGUGGACCGAUUGGCCAAGCAGCCCGGCAUUGCGGAUCCCGCCUCCCAUGUGCUGUGGUUCAAGAAUUGGGUCGGCCUCCAGAGUGUCCGUGCCUUGGAACAUGUCCAUAUUCUGGUUCGUGAUGUCCCCGAGGAGAUUUUGUUUGAAUGGUCUGGUGAAUAA